UCCGCUUUGGCUCCUCCCCUUCCAGCCGUCCACGCGCUGUUGUUGUGAUUGACAUCAGUAGUCGGGCUUCAACUUUCGCUAUACGCUCUGUGGUCAAACAACGUGCUUUUUAUACCAUCGAAUAACGAUGUCUGAAAUGCUGAUGACAUCCACGGAGGAAAUACCACUGUGCCCAGUGACAGCGGACGAGCAUCCGGGCGGUGUGCGGAGUUUCUUGUUGGUGGAUGACCAGGAAAACCUCCAGGUCCACGAUGAGUCUGAUUUUGUUGAGAGGCUCAACUGUGGGGAUGUCGGAGAUGUCAAAGUUAUCUCCAUCUUUGGAAACACAGGGGAUGGCAAGUCACACACCCUUAACCACAUCCUGUUCGGUGGUCAAAGUGUGUUUUAUACUUCCAAGUCCCCCAGCUCGUAUACAGUGGGUGUGUGGGCCGCCUAUGACCCUUCCCUUAGCCUGAUUGCCCUGGAUACCGAGGGCUUGUUGGGGGCCGCUGCCAGUCAAAAUCAGAGCAUGCGGCUGCUGCUGAAGAUACUGGCAGUGUCCGAUAUAGUAAUCUAUCGGACGCGAGCAGAGCGCCUGCACAAUGACAUGUUCCAGUUCUUGAGCAGUGCUUCGGGGGCCUAUCUAAAGCACUUCACUCCUGAACUGAAGGCCGUAUCCAGACGCUGCGGGCUGGACGUGCCCCUCUCCCAUCUCGGCCCUGCCAUUAUUGUCUUUCAGGAGACAACGCACACACAGCUCCUGGGUGACGGUUCAAAGGUGGCAGGCCAUGCUGAAACGCUGCUCCAGAGGCGUUUUCAUGAACUGGGCUUAGGGACAGACGCCUUCAGCUCAGUACAAUACGUGGGUACCCAAACAAUUACGCCUCCUACGGAUUACAGCGGACUGCUGGACGCCGUCAUUCAACAAGUGAAGAACACUCACAUACGCUCGGCCCGACAUCCUGGCAUAGUGUUUCAUGCUCUAGAAGCUCUUAGUGAACGUUUCUGUGAUGACCUCUCAGAUGACAAGAUGAAUCUAUACACCUUCUUCCCUGACGAGUACUUCACCUGCUCUGCUGUUUGCCUGAGUUGCAAUAUUCGCUGCAAGAAUGGAAUCAACCAUCUGCGAGACAGGGUUCCCCACAUGGCAGACGGACUGUGCCAGUAUACACAUCAGUACAGCAACAAAGUCCUUAUUUGUAAGCGGUGCUAUGAAAGAGGCAGAGAGGUGUUAGUUAUGCCUAAAACCUCUGCAUCCUCUGACAACCCAUGGUUUGGACUGGCCAAAUUUGCCUGGUCAGGUUAUGUGUUAGAGUGUGCUAACUGUGGCGUCAUCUACCGAAGCAGACAGUACUGGAUAUGGAACCAAAACCCAGAGAGCAGUGUGAACCAAAACCCUGAGAGCAGCGUGGUGCGUUCUGAGGUCAAACAUGUUUGGGAGGGGUCGGACACCUUCCUCACCAACCACCAGAAUGCAGCUCAGAGAGUCCUGGAUGGGAUGAACUAUGUGAUCCAGUCAGUGUCGGAGUACAGCAGCGGACCAACCAAAACUGUAACAGCCUGGCUCACCGACCAGGUCGCGCCACUUUACUGGAGACCCAACACAGAGAUUAGGGCCUGUCAUGGCUGUCACAAAGUGUUUGAGGAGGCAGAGCGUAAGCACCACUGCCGGUCAUGUGGGGAGGGCUUCUGCCACCUGUGCUCCAGCUACAGGAUGCCAGUCCCAGAGAGGGGCUGGGGCAGCAGCCCUGUCAGGGUGUGUAUGGUCUGCUAUCAGCAGGGAGGACCACCUGAAACCAACAAUCAGGUAUGUAAAGUGGAGCCUCGUGGUCUCAUCACUCGCAGGGUGGCAGAGGUGGCUCAGUCUACGUUGGACAUGGUCAGCACCGUUGUGGACUAUCCUCUCUGCUUUGUAAAGGACGUAGCGCGACCAGACUACUGGGUUCCAGACCAGGACAUCACUCAGUGCCAUCAGUGCUGCAAAGUCUUUACCCCAGUUAUGUCCAAGCACCACUGCAGGGCCUGUGGUCAGGGUGUGUGCGGCCCCUGCUCCACACACAUCAAGCCUGUCCCCUCCAGAGGGUGGGACCACCCUGUGCGUGUGUGUGACAGCUGCAAAAACCAAACCGAUGGUCUCUAAACUUAAAAUCUCGGAUGGAUCUGAAGGUAUGACAACGGAUGCCGGCCACGUGUUCUUUACCUUUUCGGCGUUUUUUUCUACUAUCCUGCUUCGUUUAGUAGACAAUAUGGUGGUCUUCACUUUACUUCGGGUUCCAACACACUGAAGCCCUCCACAAAGUGACCUGUGGUAUCAAACAAUGAACCAACUGGAAAUUUUCUGCGAGACUAUUUUGAACAUGUUUUUUCAAACACGACGGUGACUUUAGAGUACCUUCUCGUUCUUUCAUGAGCAAGCUUGUUUUUAGCUCACCAGACAUCUAACUGGAAGAAAGGUAAGGAUGGAGGGCCAGUACAGUUUAGUCACUGCAAAUAAUGUUUAUGCAUAACAGACUGGACACGUUCAAAUGUCCAGCUUGAUUUUGGUCCGUUUUAUAUGUUUAAAGUAAAUAAACGAGGUUGAAUUGUCUUA